AUGGGGCGGAGAGGGGAGCCCUACUACGUCGAGGCGGCGCCGCCGGUGGACGUGAACAAGAACACAGAGUGGUUCAUGUACCCGGGCGUCUGGACCACCUACAUCCUCCUGCUCUUCUUCGUCUGGCUCCUCGUCCUCUCCGUCUCCGGAUGCUCCCCGGGGGCUGCCUGGACCGUCGUCAACCUCGCGCACUUCGCCAUCACUUACCACUUCUUCCAUUGGAAGAAAGGAACCCCUUUUGCUGCUGAUGACCAAGGCAUCUACAGCAGAUUGACAUGGUGGGAGCAAAUUGACAAUGGUCAGCAGCUUACUCGGAACAGAAAGUUUUUGACUGUGGUACCUGUGGUGCUGUAUCUGAUUGCAUCGCACUUGACUGACUACAAGCAGCCGAUGUUUUUCCUCAAUACGAUAGCAGUUUUUGUGCUGGUUGUGGCAAAAUUGCCGAACAUGCACAAGGUCCGCAUAUUUGGAAUCAAUGCAGACAUCUGA